AAAGACAAGUUAUGUCAGAAAAAAAACGACGCUUGAUUAGUUACAACACUAUAUACCGGUAAUGUAUGCUAUUUUAGAAGGUACCAUUGAAGACGAUUGGACCAAAAUCAUUCCCACCUCGGGGAAAAUGUUUGCUUCCUAAACGGGGAUUACGUUACAGUUUUUAAAAGCCACCGAGGCUCGAUGAAGAUAAGUGACUAAGAAAUAUUCAACGGCAAAAUGGUGACAAUAUGAUGAAACUUGAUGUAGAAUUUUAAGGAAGACUGAAAAAAGUUACACUAUCCGUCGUUAACGACUUCAUAUUUUAAGAUAGUCCCCGGGUGUCACGCAAUAUCGCUCCUUUCACAGACGCGCUGUUUGUUCCUUCUUUAGUCGAACAUUUUGAUGACGGAGUGCGAGUGCGAGGACAGUACCGCGAUGGAUACGUCUGCUUCUCACUCGUUAGGGUAAGGGAUUCUCUCCUGUUUCUUACAGAACGCUUGUCCGUUGACGUUGCCACAUCACGAUGGCAGCAACUUUGUCUACACGGCUACCACGAGCGCUCUGUCGCUUUAAUAUGCCAUGUCAACAGUCAAGACUUUCGUCACGCUUUGCACUCGAUGACGCCGUUGGUUUGGACGAACAGCAAAUUCAAAUGCAACAAAUUGCUAAGGACUUCGCUCUAAAGGAAUGGCAACCUAAUAUGCGUCGGUGGGAUCAAGAACACAUCUUUCCCCGAGAAGCUUUGCGUGCGGCAGCGUCUCUUGGCUUCGCAGCGAUUCGAGCGAGGGAAGAAUUUGGUGGCUCGGGUUUAGGAUGUCUCGAAUCGGUCAUCAUCCUCGAAGCCCUCGCUAGGGGAUGUACAUCCACAACGGCCUACCUCAGUAUUCAUAACAUGACUACCUGGAUGAUCGACACAUUCGGGAAUGAGGAACAGAGGGCUAAAUGGGUUCCGAAGCUCGCGCGUAUGGAGUUCUGUAGUUCCUAUUGUUUGACUGAGGCUAGUAGUGGAAGUGAUUCAGCAGCACUUGUUACCAAGGCGGUCCGUGACGGCGAUUUCUACAUUCUAAAUGGAAGUAAAGCCUUCAUCUCCGGGGCAGGCGAAAGUGAUCUAUAUGUGUGCAUGGUCCGUACAGGUGGUCUAGGUCCCAAAGGCAUCAGCUGUUUGGUGAUUGAGAAGGAUACUGCUGGUAUAUCGUUUGGUAAAAGUGAAGAAAAACUGGGAUGGAAUACGCACCCAACGCGAGCUGUGAUCUUUGAAGACUGUCGCGUACCAGUAGCCAAUUUAUUAGGUGAAGAAGGCCAGGGAUUCACUUUCGCGAUGAAAGGAAUAAAUAAUGGUAGACUGAAUAUGGCUGCUUGUUCUGUGGGAGCAGCCGCCGCAAGCAUCGAGUUCGUCGUAGAGUACAUCAAGCAACGCAAACAAUUCGGAAAGGCCAUUGCUGAAUUUCAGUUUAAUCAGUUUCGGAUAGCAGAGAUGGCGACUAAACUGCAAGCGAGUCGCUUAAUGGUACACGGAGCCGCGCGGUGUGCGCAGGAAGAGCUGCCCAAUGCCACAGCUCAAUGUGCUAUGGCUAAAUAUUUUGCCACGGAAACCUGCUUUGAGAUUACAAACAACGCAAUCCAGUUGAUGGGCGGAUAUGGCUUCAUCAAGGAUUUUCCAAUACAACAGUAUUUCCGCGACGGUCGAAUAUAUCCCGUAAUUGGAGGAACUAACGAAGUGAUGCGCCUCAUUAUAUCAAGAGAUAUUCUCAAAUAUUUGAUGAAACUUUCUGUGAAGCCGUUAUAUCAUUUGAAUAUUCAGUGUUAUGCUAGGUACAGCAAGUUCCGUGUUACGCUGGAACAUACAUUGAAGUAUGAAAGAAAUAUGGCAACGUGCCUGCUCACGCGACCAUCUCGGCUAAUGCUUUGUAGAAGCAAUGUAAAACGUCAACAAACGAGACCCUCUUCAAGCUUUUCCCUCGACGAUAGAGUAGGUCUAAAUGAGGAGCAACUCCAAAUGCAAACCAUCGCUAGGAACUUUACAACCAACAACUGGCUGCCUAAUAUGCGUCGGUGGGAUCAAGAUCAUAUCUUCCCUAGGGAAGCACUCCGUGCGGCCGCGGCACUUGGUUUCGGUGCUAUCCGGGCUCGCGAAGAGUUUGGCGGCUCCGGUCUAGGGAACCUCGACGCGGCAGUUAUCUUCGAAGCCCUAGCAAGAGGAUGUACGUCGACGGCAGCUUACCUCAGCAUCCAUAAUAUGGCUACCUGGAUGGUCGAUACAUUCGGUAACAAGGAACAAAGAUCUAAAUGGAUUCCCAAACUCGCAUCCAUGGAAUUUUGCAGCUCGUAUUGUUUGACUGAACCAGGCAGUGGAAGUGACGCGGCAGCCCUUACCACCAAAGCCGUCCGUGAUGGCGACCACUACGUUCUAAACGGAAAUAAGGCCUUCAUUUCUGGUGGAGGCGAGAGCGACUUGUAUGUAUGCAUGGUUCGCACUGGUGGCCAAGGUCCUAAAGGUAUAACUUGUCUCGCUGUUGAGAAAGGCGCUCCAGGUCUCUCGUUUGGUAAAAAUGAGGACAAGCUGGGUUGGAAUUCACACCCAACACGAGCGGUUAUAUUCGAAAACUGUAGAGUUCCCGUAAGUAACCGACUCGGUGAUGAGGGCCAGGGUUUUACGAUCGCGAUGAAAGGACUGGAUAAUGGUCGAAUAAAUAUUGCCGCCUGUUCUGUGGGAGCAGCAGCUGGUAGCAUCGAAUUUGUCGUCAACUAUAUCAAGGAACGCAAACAAUUCGGAAAGGCUAUUUCUGAUUUUCAGUUCAACCAGUUUCGCAUCGCUGAAAUGGCGACUCAGCUACAGGCCUCUCGCUGGAUGGUUCGGGAGGCUGCACGAGCAGCCCAGGAAGAACGGCCCAGCACAACAGAACUAUGUGCCAUGGCGAAGUACUUUGCCACGGAGACGUGUUUUCAGAUUACAGAUAAGGCAAUGCAGUUAAUGGGCGGAUAUGGCUUUAUCAAAGAAUUUCCUGUGCAGCAAUACUUCCGAGACUGUCGGGCGCAUCCCAUAAUCGAGGGAACCAAUGAAAUAAUGCGCCUUAUCAUAUCAAAAGAUAUCUUCAAGUAGUGAUUCGUUCCCUAUAGUUGAGAAGGAAAUACCACACUUCAUUUGAUGAGUAUGUCUACCAUGCAGAGAGCACAGUAUCGACACUAUAACAGUCGACACUAGAACUAACAGGCAGUGUAUUACGAAUACGAUACAAAUCUGCUUCAGCAAAAUAGCUUACGAAUGAAUAAAUGGAUGCGAACUAUUUUGAAAAUACGGCCAUCUGAGUGCAAGCCACGUCGGAUACAGGGGCUUGGCAGAUUAGGGUAAAUUGUCAACCCUAACAAGGUUGUACCGGCCGUGCCAUAAAUGUAUAUAUUUGAAAAUGGAAUAAAGAAAACG